AUGGAAGCCGGAGGGGCGGUGUCCUUUGCCAAGGCCAGUUGCCAGGCAGGUGGCCGAUUCGAUGGGGACCCAGAUUUUGUUUCUGCUUCUCCAGAGCUGGUUCUGGCGAUUUUGCCUGCGCCGGGGGCAGCUUCAGAGCCCAGCAUGGCUGACAAAAAUGGAGCUCUCAAGUGCACCUUCUCGGCGCCCGGCCAUAGCACCAGCCUCCUGCAGGGUCUUGCUGCCCUCCGUGCCCAGGGCCAGCUGCUGGACGUUGUACUCACCAUCAACAGAGAGACCUUCCAUGCGCACAAGGUGGUCCUGGCCGCCUGCAGCGACUACUUCAGGGCCAUGUUCACGGGUGGCAUGAGGGAGGCGAGCCAGGACACCAUCGAGCUGAAGGGCGUGUCCGCCCGCGGCCUGCGGCACAUCAUCGACUUUGCCUACAGUGCCGAGGUGACGCUGGACCUGGACUGCGUGCAGGACGUGCUGGGUGCGGCCGUGUUCCUGCAGAUGCUUCCCGUGGUGGAGCUGUGCGAGGAGUUUCUUAAGGCCGCCAUGAGUGUAGAGACCUGCCUGAACAUCGGCCACAUGGCCACCACUUUCAGCCUGGCCUCGCUCAAGGAGUCCGUGGAUGCCUUCACCUUCCAGCACUUCCUGCAGAUCGCGGAGGAGGAGGACUUCCUGCACCUCCCGCUGGAGCGCCUGGUCUUCUUCCUACAGAGCAAUCGGCUGCAGAGCUGUGCGGAGAUUGACCUGUUCCGUGCGGCGGUCCGCUGGCUGCAGCACGACCCGGCCCGGCGGCCGCGUGCCAGCCACGUGCUCUGCCACAUCCGCUUUCCGCUCAUGCGGUCGUCAGACCUGGUGGACAGCGUGCAGACGCUGGACAUCAUGGUGGAGGAUGUGCUGUGCCGGCAGUACCUGCUGGAGGCCUUCAACUACCAGGUGCUACCCUUCCGGCAGCACGAGAUGCAGUCCCCGCGCACAGUCGUGCGCUCCGACGUGCCCUCCCUGGUCGCCUUCGGUGGCACGCCCUACACCGACAGUGACCGCUCUGUCAGCAGUAAGGUGUACCAGCUGCCCGAGCCCGGUGCCCGCCACUUCCGGGAACUCACCGAGAUGGAGGUGGGCUGCAGCCACACGUGCGUGGCCGUCCUGGACAACUUCGUGUACGUGGCCGGGGGCCAGCACCUGCAGUACCGCAGCGGUGAGGGCGCGGUGGACGCCUGCUACCGCUACGACCCCCACCUGAACCGCUGGCUGCGCCUGCAGGCCAUGCAGGAGAGCCGCAUCCAGUUCCAGCUGAAUGUGCUGUGCGGCAUGGUGUACGCCACGGGCGGCCGCAACCGGGCGGGCAGCCUGGCCUCAGUCGAACGGUACUGCCCGCGGCGCAACGAGUGGGGCUACGCGUGCUCUCUGAAGCGCCGCACCUGGGGCCACGCGGGUGCCUCGGCGGGGGGCCGCCUCUACAUCUCCGGCGGCUACGGCAUCUCCGUGGAGGACAAGAAGGCGCUGCACUGCUACGACCCUGCCGCCGACCAGUGGGAGUUCAAGGCACCCAUGAGUGAGCCCCGCGUGCUUCACGCCAUGGUGGGGGCCGGUGGCCGCAUCUAUGCCCUCGGUGGCCGCAUGGACCACGUGGACCGCUGCUUUGACGUGCUGGCAGUGGAGUACUACGUGCCCGAGACGGACCAGUGGACCAGCGUGAGCCCCAUGAGGGCCGGCCAGUCGGAGGCUGGCUGCUGCCUGCUGGAUAGGAAGAUCUAUAUCGUGGGGGGCUACAACUGGCGCCUCAACAAUGUGACGGGCAUCGUGCAGGUGUACAACACGGAGACGGAUGAGUGGGAGCGCGACCUGCACUUCCCAGAGUCCUUCGCGGGCAUCGCCUGUGCCCCUGUCCUGCUGCCCCGGUCAGGGACCAGGAGGUAGCCCCUGGGACCCCUGGGACCCGGCCCAGCCUCAGGCUGUCUCUGCGAGGGGUGUGGUGAGCGCACACUGGGGCCGAGAACCACAGAACCACCCCGGGCCCGUGGGCUGACGUCAUGGGGCCUGCUGUGUUGAUGAGGCCCCCUUCUGGGGUCCCUCCUUCCUUCCCAGAGCAGAUCCUGGCUUCGUGCCCACUGAGGGAGCCUGCCAGCGAUGAGGCUGACGUGUCAUGGCAGCAGAGUCACACCCAAGGAGGUUUCCUCACCUGCCCC